ACAGAGAGAGAGAGAGAGCGAGAGAGAGAGAGAGAGAGAGAGAUGGAGAGAGAGGCGAUGGCAAAGAGAAACAUGUGUGUGGAGCAAGAUCCUGAAGCCUUUCGAAGCGGUGGCGUUCAGAAAAACCUGGAUGACGACGGCAGAGUCAAAAGAACCGGCACGGUGGUCACGGCCAGUGCGCAUAUAAUAACGGCCGUGAUCGGGUCCGGGGUGCUGUCGUUGGCAUGGGCCAUCGCCCAGCUAGGCUGGGUGAUGGGGCCGGUGGUCCUCGCAGCCUUCUCCUUCAUCACCUACUUCACCUCCACCCUCCUCGCCGACUGCUACCGGUCGCCGGACCCUAUCACUGGGGAGAGGAACUACACUUACAUGGACGUGGUGAGAGCCCACUUAGGAGGUCGAAAGGUUCAGCUAUGUGGAUUGGCUCAAUAUGGGAACCUCGUCGGCAUCACAAUUGGCUACACCAUCACAGCAUCUAUCAGCAUGGUGGCGGUGAAGAAGUCGAACUGCUUCCACAAAAAUGGGCACGAAGUGAAGUCGGUGUGCGAAACAUCGAGCUAUCCGUUCAUGAUCAUAUUCGCAUGCAUCCAAAUCGUGCUCAGCCAAAUCCCCGACUUCCACAAGCUUUCUUGGCUCUUCGUUGCCGCCGUCAUGUCCUUCGCUUACGCUUCCAUCGGCGUCGGACUCUCCAUCGCCAAAGUUGCAGGUGGGGGACACCACGCGCGGACGACCUUAACGGGGACAACGGUGGGAGUGGACGUGUCGGGAUCGGAGAAGGUGUGGAGAGUCUUCCAAGCCGUCGGCAACAUCGCUUUCGCCUAUGCGUACUCCACCGUCCUCGUUGAGAUUCAGGACACAUUGAAAUCAAGCCCACCGGAAAACAAAGUUAUGAAAAGGGCUUCUCUCAUCGGCAUCUCGACCACCACUAUGUUCUACGCGCUCUGCGGCUGCAUUGGUUAUGCAGCCUUUGGAAACGAUGCGCCGGGGAAUUUCCUCACUGGCUUCGGAUUCUACGAGCCGUUCUGGCUCAUUGACUUCGCCAAUGUCUGCAUUGCUGUCCACUUGAUCGGUGCUUACCAGGUAUUUUCUCAGCCGAUCUUCGGAUUCGUUGAGAGCUGGUGCUCCAAGCGCUGGCCUAACAACACUCUCAUAACGAGGGAAAUUCCGGUGGACGUCCCAGGGUACGGCAUCUACCACAUCAAUCUCUUCAGGCUAAUAUGGAGGACCGUGUAUGUCAUCGUGACCGCGGUCAUAGCCAUGAUAUUGCCCUUCUUCAAUGACUUCCUGGGACUGAUCGGAGCUGCUUCGUUUUGGCCAUUGACCGUGUACUUCCCGGUGGAGAUGUACAUCGCAAGGACGAACAUGCGCAAGUUCUCCUUCACGUGGGCGUGGCUGAAAAUACUGAGCUGGGCUUGUCUGGUUGUGUCGCUCGUUGCGGCAGCUGGUUCGGUCCAAGGACUGAUCCAAAGUCUCAAGACAUACAAGCCCUUCAAGACACAAUAAAUGUAGCUCAAAGCCCUACUGCCCAUUACCUAGUUGGAAGCAAUAUUAUGGUGAAAAACUCUUCAAUUGGGCGAAUGAUUUAAUGUUUGCUGCUUCAACAUAAGUCGUUGAGAAUAAACAUUUUCAUAUAAGGACCGGGAAGAUAGCUCAUGCCAAUGAGGUGAAUUUCCUUGCUAAGGAUUUUGAUAA